GUGUGAGGAAACAAGUCCAGUCCAGAUAGACCAGCAUGGGCUCGCGUUGGUGUUGACAGUCGCAAAUCCAAACUCAGCGCCAUUUUUAACAUGGAAUUAUUAGUGCGGAUUAUCACAUAACACCGGCACGAUGACAGUGGCCCAAAUGUUGCCCAUAGUUACCCUGUACGCUUCCAUUUUCUGUCCGAACAAGCAGCCCAUGGGAAACAAUGCCGGGAGGGACUAUCUGGAACGGUCGGGUCCGAAAACUUGGGAAAUCAAAUGUUGCGCUCAGGGCUGGAGGUUCGUUCACAGGAGAUGUUCGUGUAUUCCAAUAACCGGGUUGUCCGGCUAUGGCCAACAUCCUGGUAAUGGAAUGCAUGGGAUCAAGCCAUCCAUGGGUAACGGUCCGGGAAACCCGUUCUUACCUAAGGAUCUGCAUGGUCAAGUGGACAUGAUGACUUCUUCCGGUGCCGAUGUGUAUCAUACCAUUAAUCAUAAUACAUUUCAACUUGUAGAUUUUAUAAAGGAUAACCGUGCUAAACAAAACUUGAAUUCCAAUCGAAGAAAUGCAUUCCUUCUUCAAACACACAGACUGAACCUUCAAAAAUAUCUGAGGCAAAAACAAAUAUUUUCAAGAAGCAAUGUCAAUAGUGACCUUUCAUUAAAUGGAAAACAUCUUGUUCCUAUAAGACAUUCACAGUCAAAUGGGAAAGGGAAUUUAAUUGUAGUAACAACGCGUCGGAGGGAAAAUAACAGACCCAGCUUGGAAAGUAACCAAAAUGCUAAUGUUCUUGUUGACAGGCACAAUACGGCCGGUACAAACUCAUUAGAUAGUCAUGUUGUGUUAGGGAAUAAUGGUAACACACCUGAUGGAACACAAUGGAUACCUGAUAUUUCACAGACGUUUUCGGGUAGUUCUCCUUCCGGAAAUACAUUUCCCGUGAAUAGUGUUACAAAUAGUGGAGGAGUCUUACGUUCUCCCGCCAGUACGCAAUGGAUUCCUGAUCAUUCACAGACGCUUUCGGGUGGUUCUCCUCCCGGAAAUACAUUUCCCGUGAAUAGUGUUACAAAUAACGGAGGAGUCUUACGUUCUCCCGCCAGUACGCAAUGGAUUCCUGAUCAUUUACAGACGCUUUCGGGUGGUUUUCCUUCCGGAAAUACAUUUCUCGUGAAUAGUGUUACAAAUAGUGGAGGAGUCUUACGUUCUCCCGCCAGUACGCAAUGGAUUCCUGAUCAUUCACAGACGCUUUCGGGUGGUUCUCCUCCCGGAAAUACCUUUCCCAUGGAUAGUGUUACAAAUAGUGGAGGGGUAUUACGUUCUCCCGCCAGUACCGGUACCGCAGGGGCUACGGGUAGCAUGCUCGACGUGUUUGCACCUACACAAUCACAGUUUGUUGCAGAUGGAGCUCUCUCCAACACCGGUAACGGCAACUUCCGGAACAGUAUUGGAGCAGAUAAAACACUCAGACAAACCGGAACUAUUGGCCUGGGUGGUCUUAGAACAAACGGGAUGUCUGCAGAUAUCGGUGUUGGACUUAAUUCUGGUCAAAACAGAGGCAGACGUCUAAAUUCAAUGAAGAAUGGCGGUGGUGUUGGCUCUACUAGUGGUAUUAACUUAAAUUCGAAUGGUGGCAUUAAUUCAAACGGUGGGGGAAAAUUCAUGAAUCCCCUUCAAGCAAAUAAUAUUGGUAUAGAUAGUCUAAAGGUUAAUGGUGUUACUGAUUUCAGUGGAAACAUAAAUAUUGAUUCGACCAUCGGCAGGAAUAUUGAUUUGAAUAGUGGUGGAGUAUUCGCUGGUCCCUCCCAUACCGAUGUUACAUCAGGAGCAAAUAUCAAUUUGAACGGAGGUAGUCCUCAAAGUGGAAAAGGUAGAAAUUUCGAUUUUAGUCGCGAUGGAACCUUCGCAAUUGAUAAUCAGUUUGUGCGGAAAUCAAAUGGUGGCGAAAACUCUGUGAACUCUCAUUUACAAUCAACGAUUAAGAUGGAUUCGAAUUUUAAAAAUCAGGCAUCUUUCGCUUCCGAUAUAACCAUGGGAGGUAUUGGCAAUUCAAUAGUUGGCGAUUUCGGCAUGGAACCUCUCCAAUCGGUAACAGGUAGAAGUAACAGCUUCAACUUAAAUUCGCAAGAUCCUGGUUUCAUUCCAGAUUCUGGGUUUAACAUGUUUGAUCAAAGCAAUACAUUUGAUCUAGCUGGAUCAGUAACGAAUAAAGAUACCUCAAAUCAAAAUCCUGGCGGUGCUGCUUCUAAUGGGAUUGGUCUGGAUCUUUCAUCCAUGCCCGGAGCCGAGUUAUUUUCUGCUCUGAUGAGGAAUGGAGGUGGUUUAGGCCAAGUAGGUGGGAAUAUUGUUCCUGACAACAACAUAAAUCCUACCGCUAGACAACAGCAAAUAUUUCCCCAAAUUACUGGUGGUGUUAAUAAUGGACUACUUCAUAACUCUGAUACGACGCAGUCUUUAAUUGAUCAACUCACAGCUUUGAAUAAGGCAAACAACAUGCUGGAAUCUAGGCCUAAGUUUAACAGUGGCUUGGGGGAUAUGUCAAUUAUCAAUGGCCUGGGGAGCUCUUUGGGUUUGAACGGAAAUGACUUGUCAGUUGGAAUUGCUGAUAGUAUUGCGUCCUCUACAUUCGAUAACAGUAUACCUACAGAUCCUUCAAUGAUGAAUAAUGCAAUGUUACUGGCCGAUACAAGAAUUCUAGAGAGCCCAACAUCUCUUCCACCUAGGUUAGUUACAGAGACUAUUUUAUUGGACACUCAGAACCCGCUGAUCAAACAAAAUUCAUCAAAUAGAAAGUUCACUGUUGAUAUAACCAGCGGGGAUCCUUCAGUCAGGGGAACCGUCAAUAGUGGGGUAUCAACAGCUGGGACACCUGGAAGAGGACUUGUAGUUGAUGGAAUAUCGAGGGAGGUUUUGGCCGAAAGUCACAUCGGCAAUAUGGGCGUGGGAGAGGCCAGAGGGAAAAACAUGGGUAUGACGGAUUUUGGUGUAGUAAACAGUGGUAUAGUAGGAACUGGUUUAUUGGGUGGUGGCUCGAGCGCCGGAGGAAGAAUGAAUGAAAGAUUGCCAGGUGGAUCAAACUCAUUAGGCUUGAACAUCGGAGUAAAUACAGCUACUGUUCCAGGUAGUACAAACGUACUGUUUGAUGGCUCCGCAAGAACCCCAAAGCAAAUAGUCAAACCAGUGGACAUAUCUGGUUCCAAUGCAUCUGUAGGCUCUAAGGUAACAAGAAGUCAGUCUGGAUUUGGUGUAAGCGGUUUACAAAGUGUUCCGCGAAUUGUGCAUCGACCCUCGAAUGAACAAUCUGCCAUUGAGACUUCCAUCAAUCAGAUAUUGACGAUCUCGGCAGCCGAGACUGAAAUUGCAAAGGCCGCCAAGAAAUCAACUUCGGAACAGGAAAGAGGGGCUUCUGCAGCAAAUGUUGGAGGGAGGUUCGUUAGUCAGACCGAAUUAGGACUUUCAUCCAUCCGUUCCAGCAAGGACGGUACACUAUCGCCAGCCGUUUGUCUUGGGUGCACUAUGGAUGGCGGAUUAGGAUACAUACGUCAUCCCUCCCGGUGUGAUCAAUUUGUCGUAUGUUAUCCGGAUCAGUCUGGUCUCUUUAAACCUCGAGUACAAGAUUGUCCUUACGGACAGUUCUGGAGUAAUAUUGAUGUCACAUGCAAACCAUCUAAAGACGUCAACUGCGAACACGAUUUCUGUAAAAAGCUUGCAGACAAGUUCCAAUUCUCACAUACGACCAACUGUGUCGCAUACUGGCAGUGCCAGGCCGGUCAUUCGGUCAUGAGGUGCUGUCCUGAGGGGAAAAUAUUUGUCCAAGGAGAGGGAUGUAUCUUCAGCUCUGUGUGUGCGGACAGGUGUCCAGUAAGCAGCCCGUUACAGUUUAUGUGGCAAGAAAAUUGUAACAAGAGACCCGUUACGUCCGAUGUGACAGCAUACGAGAAGCAGAUUUCUUCAGGAUGGGUUUCUGAGAAGUGCAGUGUCGGGCAGAUUUACAAAGGGGAGAUUUGUGACUGUAUACCAGCAGCCAUGGGGAAUCCAACUUAUUCGUUCAAAGGAGUUUGUAAACCCGAAGUUUUCCUCCCAUUUGACACUGACUUCAGGGAUUAUUCCGGAAGUAAUACCUUUGUAAGAACUGAAAACGUGACACUUUCAAACGGCGCUGCAUGUUUUGAUGGGACAUCUGUUAUCUCCAUGCCUAAAUUUGCUAAUAUGGAUUUCGGUAAAACAGUUUUUAUGAAUAUCAGAUACAAACAAAUGGACCUUAAAAUUGACACUGAAGCAUUGCUGUACAAUGGAGAUUGUGAAGAGAUUCCUACGUUAGUUGUAGGCACGAAGCCAUCGGGAAACUCUUUUUCAGUAAAAACCAAUACAGGGGCUUUUCAGACAGCAUGGGUACCAUCUUCGGUUCAGACCUCAGACUGGCGAGAUGUCACAAUAACCAUCAGUAAUGGCCGGCUUGAGGGUCAGUCCGGUAUCAACGCUCGGGACAUAGACGUUUCAGGGGGAAUAGCCAGAUCUCACUGUGGUAUCAAACUGGGAUGGGGAAAGAAGUUCAAGAAUUUUGUUGGAUGCAUUGAUGAGGUGUCUAUUUACCGGUGUAUCCCGAAUACUAGAAUGGCGUUGGAUGGGUCAAUAAGCAAGUCCAGCAUUACAAUAUGAAAAUAAGAAACAUCAUAAAAUGUUAUUUUAUUAACAAAAAUAUGUCUUAUGUAAAACACAUGACGGCACUGCCCCAAACAAAAUGUGUGUUAAGUUUUGUUUUUAACUCUUACGGAAAUGUCUCAGUGAAUAUACAGUAUUGUGACUUCUUGUUCGUUUAUAAGGAUGCUUACAGAGGUCAUAUGUUUCCUACAUCAAUGGUUGUCUUAUAUUAUAACAAAUCAACAAUAACAAAUGUCGGCACAGACAUCCUAUCUCUAAAAUGUUCCUAACGGUUUAUGAAGUGUUUAGUUUUAGUUUUAGUUUUAGAGUCCUGAUAAGGAAGUGCAGAAUAAAACGAUUUUUUUGUCGGCUGACAAUCUAAAAGUAACGUCAUUUUAAUGUUAUACAUGCUAUUUUGACCAGUGGAGUGAUACCCUCUGGCAAAUACAGUUUUUGUUAUAAUCUCACAAAAGCAAAAAGUUUACAGCUUUUGUACAAAAGUUUAAAUAUUUGAGACUGUCAGAUGUUUGCUGUACGUACACAUUUGUUGUUGAAUAAUUUGUGAAUUUUCUUGAAAUAAUAUAUAUUCAUUGUUGGCUAAGGAAUGUUAUAUGGCCUUUUACGGAAGCUACGCUUAAAAAGUUGGUAAAAUAAAAUAUGUUAGAUAUGGAAACUAAAUACUCGGGUUUAUAAUUUCCAUAUCAACAUUUUGUUCACAAUUUAUAAGGUACACUUCAUUAGUGACAUCCUUGUAUUAAUUAUAUCCUGACAAGGGAUACGUACCGUAGACGCCGAGAGCUAGUCUAGAUAGCACAGAAGGGUGCCUGAAAAUAGCCUGAUAUAAUUUGUGUAUCGCAACAUGUCCUCAUCGCUUAAUAAACUAUUGGAUAAAUGUCUAAUUGCCGUAAUCAUACUCCAUGCACAAGAAACGUUAAUUUGUUUUUUGCUUCAUGUUUUGUUGACGCAUACAUUUGAAAGUGGAUUUAUUUUCACUUAGAUCAUCUUGCAAGGCUCAUAUUUACUGAGGUCUUUUCUGCCGAUAUUCAUUAUGACGUAUAUGUCUCGCCCUUGCUAUUUAAAUGAUGCCUCUGGGGCAAUUAAUUUGAUGGCUUAUGAUUCAAUGCAUUUAAUUUUAGACGUAUUUAUUUACGAGGAUGAGUUUUUAAUGACAUUAAUUUCCCAGAGCGAAAUUUGAACUUUCCGAAAUUUUCAAUCCGAUAAUAUUUUUUAAUGGAAAACGCGUUAAUUUCCAUUACAAUUUUAACAGUAUUCUCACAUUAAAUGACAUUAUUUUCCUGGGCAAGUUGUAUUUUUAUAGUUAAACGUAAUAAGGACUAUAACCUCUAACAUUGCUUGAAAUAAUAAUGGUAGUGAAAACGUGCGGAUAUUAUAAUUGCUUGAAUAGCGUCGUGCAAUAUCUGUAGAUUGGAUCUAAGUGGACACGGAUUCAUACAUAUAUCAUACGCUCUUAUUUGAACCAGAGAAGCUUUGUAUUUUAUCCCAAUGAAAGUGCUUAAAUUCAAAUAAAGGGAUUUUGUGCGUACAUGAGUUCCAUUAAAGACAAACGGUACUGUUUUGAUGUUGUAAUAUGUUUUAAUAUUGUCUUUUGUUAAUGAAAUUGAUUCAGCAUUGUGAAGUAUAUUUCUACUUGUUAUAAGAUUGGUAAAUAUGCACAAUGGAUUGCUAUAUAAAUAAACAUGUUUUUUGCUUAAAACUUAUAUGCUGUUUUGGAAAUAGUUUAUUGUCGAUAAAUACGGAUCAAAAUGAAAACAUAUUCAUCUGCAUCUCUUACCGUUUAUCAAUCUUAAGGACCCCUGUCCCAUUGCACUUUCCUAUAUACAAAAACAUUCCCCCAACUUCCACUUGGUUAUAACUGCAGUACAGUUGGGCCAAGACACUUCUGCUGACAAGUUAGUCCAAACGGUUAGUGCGAAAGUAUAGCGACUUGAUGCCCAGGGUUCAAAUCUCAGUUUUGUCCUGCACAUUAUUUUUUACAUUAUGAACACUGUUGUUGAUUAUAUUUUAUUUUAUCUUCAUUAUUUCUUAUGAAAGUCCCGUUUGGUAUGGUCUUCUGUUCAGAAAUUAUUUAUCGAAGCUACUGUAAUGUCGGGAAAACAUAUUUUCAAUACAGUUUUUGGUAGUAGUGCAGUGAUCAUUUAAUGACCUUUUAGUGAUCAUUUAAUGACCUUUUAGUGAUCAUUUAAUGACCUUUUAGUGAUCAUUUAAUGACCUUUUAGUGAUCCUUUGGGCGAAACAACUGAAAGGAGUCCAACUAUUAUUAAAGUUACGAUGAAUGCAAUGCUGUCAGCAGCUUUUAAGGAACUUUCUAAGCGAUUUGCGUUUGAAUCCCAAAUCGAAUGAUCUCAUGAAGCAUAUCAAAAUUAGACCUCGAUGGCCUAUCGUUUAGAUACCAUAUUCAUUACAACUCGAUACCACAUUCAUUACAAUUCGAUACUGAUAUUGAUAGCAUCUGUUGAUAUAGCGUUCAACGAAUAUGAUCAACCUUUCUACAUGAAAAAUCGUCGUGUUGGCAAAGGAUGUGUGUAUUGUACUCGAUAAGCAUACAGAAAUAAACGGUUGGGCAUACCUGAAUAUAUUUGAUCGCCCGAUAUCAAGUUUCCACGUAACGGUCGAGGCAACAGGUAAUUUUGGUCUAAUUAAGCAGUUAGUUUUAAUAUUAUCUAUAAUGAAUGGUAACUAAUUAUUUGAACUUAAUUAUCAAUGUUUAUUUAAUAACCAAUAUGAGUUUUUACUAUUACCAAUUAUAUAUCACGAAUUGUGUAUGGAGUACAUCUUUUUUGGCAAUAAACAUAUUUUCAUUAGAAACUGUUGGUAUAGAUUUAAUAGUGAUUGAAUAAAUAGAAAGAUCUAAAAUUAAUUUCUAGACUGGCUGUCGGUCUCUAUGAUUUUGAUUUUUUUCUAUCAAUGCAUUAACCCGAGGAAUCAUAUGAUCAAAACAAAAUAGACGUGCUCAAUUCCAUGGACAAAAUUGCAUCUUGUUUUAAUUAUAUUGACUGAAAGAUAAUCUAUACAUUUUCUAUAUAAAUGUGUCUAUAUGCCGAAUGUAGGAAUUGGUUUGUUGUCCUAUUUUGUAAAAGUAGUUGUUUACAAAUGACGAAUAAAGAUGAUGUUGUUCGUGAA